AUGGUCGUCCAUGCUGCUGCCUCUGCUGCUGCUGUUGCUGCUGCCUCUGCUGCUGCUGUUGCUGCUGCCUCUUGCUGCUGCUGCUGCUGCUGCUGCUGCUUGGUUCCUUUACUCAAGUUACUCCUCUAGCUGCCUGGGCUGCUCUUCUCUCACAUCCAUACACAAAAUUAGCUCCACCCACUUAUUUAUGUGUGGUUUACUUGUGUGUAACGUCAGUGAGGGACUCUUCAAGCUCUGGAGGCUGCCACCUGGGUCGCCAAAGCUGUUACAAUGGAAGAGCUUACUGGAUGUUUAAAGCAUAAGCAGGAUGAAAAUGAAGAGGACUCUUCACUCAAGGCUAUUGUGGCUCAAGAGGACCCGGCAUUUUACUCUGACGCAGCAGCUUACUGGGACAGUGUUCCUGCCACAGUCAAUGGUAUGCUUGGAGGGUUUGCUCAUCUUAAUUUAGCUGAUAUAAGUGGCUCUGACACAUUUUUACGAAGUGUGUUUAAGAUGAAAAAUCCUCCUGGACAUGGACGAGCUGUUGACUGUGGUGCAGGAAUUGGCAGAAUUACCAAACAUUUACUGCAAAAACAUUUUGGUAAAGUCGAUCUUGUUGAGCAGUGUCAGAAUUUUUUAGACAGAGCAAAGGAGAACUUCAAGGGUUCCAAGAAAAUUGGUGAAUUUUUGUGUCAAGGCCUCCAGCAUUUUUCACCUAGGCCUAACACUUAUGAUGUUGUGUGGUGUCAGUGGGUUUUGGGACACUUGACUGAUGCAGAUUUGGAAGACUUUUUUAGGAGAAUGGCUUAUGGACUAAAACCCUGUGGAGUAAUUGUGGUCAAGGAAAAUGUUACUUCUUCUGGUAAAGUAGAGUUGGAUGAAGAAGAUUCGUCUGUGACUCGACCAGAACGCCAACUUUUAGACAUUAUCGAACGGGCAGAACUCAAAAUUCUGAAAAAUACAAAGCAACCAAACUUUCCAAAGAGUCUUUAUGAAGUAAAUAUUCUGUGCCUUAAGCCUAAAAAAAAGAGUAUAUUAAGUUAAUCAAAAAAUUUACAAGUGUAAUUGUAUUGGGCUCUUCAGUGUUCUUUGACAUAUAGUAUGUUGCUAAAAUAAUUAAAUUUAUAUUCCAUGGGAAGAAAAUAUGAAGUAAGAAAUUUACCCACCAUGAAUGUACGAAUUAAUAAUUUAAAAUAUUUAAAUGAAUCGUGUGUAUUCAUAAUGACUGCCAAGUGAUGUUGAAGUUCAUUAUCAUACCUGUGUUUACCUGUAACUGAUUUCAAGGGCUUUUUCUACCUCUGCAGUCUGGCCUAAAACCAGGCUCUCCUGUUGACUGCUUAGUCUACCAGGCUAUUUGUGUUGGCUGUCCACAGGCUCACAAGAUAGCAGUCCAUCUAACAUUUUCUUGAAAACUUGUAACUUCAUUCUAGCAAAGUGGCAGUCAUAAAUUGUUUGUUGAACUUCAUUAUGCAUUUUAUGAGUAUUUAUGCUUGACAAAAAUUAAUAAUUAGUAAAAGAUGA